AUGUCCUGCCAGCAGAACCAGCAGCAGUGCCAGCCCCCUCCCAAGUGCCCUCCCAAGUGCCCUCCCAAGUGCCAGACCACAAAGUGCCCUCCAAAAUGCCCCCCAAAGUGUCCUCCUAAGUGCCCCCCUGUGUCAUCCUGCUGCAGCCUGGGGUCUGGUGGCUGCUGUGGCUCCAGCUCUGGUGGCUGCUGUGGUUCUAGCUCAGGAGGCUGCUGCAGCUCUGGGAGUGGUGGCUGCUGCCUGAGCCACCACAGGCCUCGCAGAUCUCUUCGUCGCCAUCGUCACAGCUCAGGGUGCUGUAGCAGCGUGGGCAGCAGUGGCUGCUGUGGCAGCAGUGGUGGCAGCAGCUGUGGCAGUAGCCAACAGUCUGGUGGCUGUUGCUAA